CUCAAGUGCACUCCGCAGCUUCCGACCUCCUUCCUCUCAACUUCCAUCUUUCUCUAUCUCUCUCCCUCUCUCUCUCUCAACCCCACUCACUAACGCCUUGUGAUUCGUCUGAUUCUGAUGAGAUUCGAGGUUCAAUUUCUCUGCGGAGAAUCGAAUCAAGAGAAUUGCUAGGGGCUUUGGAUUAGAGGUGCUGCUGUUGAUCUUUUUUGAGGUGAGAAAUGGUUGGUGAGUCAUGGUACCGUAGUUUGUGGAGACCUUCAAGGAAGCAUGAGGUUGGUCCUGGGAAGGUCUUAAUUGGCGUAUUGGCAUUUGAAGUGGCAAGCUUGAUGUCUAAGCUGAUUCACCUCUGGCAAUUUCUGAAUGAAAAGCAGGUUGUUAAGUUGAGGGAGGAGAUCAUGAAUUCUGUGGGUAUUAGGAAGCUUGUAUCGGAUGAAGAUGAUUACAUUGUAGGUUUGAUGUGUGCAGAGAUGAUUGAGAACUUCGGACAAGUGGCAAGAAUUGUGGUUAGACUUUCCAAGAAAUGCAAUGAUCCUUUUUUAAAGGGUUUCGAGCAUGCAAUCGAUGAUCUAAUCAAUAUUGGUGCUGACCCAUAUGGAUGGCAAUUUACGUGUAAGAAGAUGGACAGGAAGGUUAAAAAGAUGGAACGGUUCAUUGUAGUCAAUUCAAAUUUGUAUCAAGAAAUGGAAGCACUUGGGGAGCUUCAACAGACUAUGAGGAGAAUGAAGAAUGAUGAUGAGGCAGAUAGCAUUAGUUUGGUUGAAUAUGAGAAGAAGAUUGCAUGGAAGCAACAGGCAGUGAAACAUCUAAAAGAGAUAUCUCUGUGGAACAGGACUUAUGAUUACACUGUUCGCCUUUUGGCAAGAUCCCUAUUCACUAUCUUUGGUAGGAUUCGACAAGUAUUUGGAGUUGAUCAUGUAGUUGAUGUGGGAACCAAAGACUCAGGAGUUUUGAAUUCUGAUUACAUUCAUCGCAGCCCCUCAGUUUCUAUGUUGAUGCAGUCCUCAGUUCACCCAUCCGAGGACAGUACUGCUAGGUUUUCUUCUGGUCCCUUGGGAAGCUUAACAACUAAAUCUGGUCCUCUUUUAAGAACAGAUAAAACGAGCUUUUUUCAUUCAGGCCCUCUUGGUAACUCGAUCAAGGAGUCAGCCCCUAUUUCUGGAAGACAUAGAACUUUGAAUUUCUAUUCAGGUCCACUUGGGAGGUCAACUACAAAGUUGGGUCCUCUACUUAGGGCAAGUAAAACUGGCAUGAGGUGGUGGAAGACUCGUGAUCAUUCAUCGACCAUUCAUGGAAAUGGUCCAUAUUUGAAACCCAGUCGGCUGACUACUGUUGGGCCUUUCAAAGGAUGCAUGAUGGGUGGAAACAGGUCGCCUGUGAGAAAUUGUCAUGUAAGUACCACUGGUGUUUAUCCUAGAACCCAGUGUGGAAACAAAGAUACAAACGUAAACCUUCAUGCUUGCAGCAGCUUAGUUCAGGGCAAUCUAUCAAUUGUCCGCUCCAAACACAGGCUGUUGAAUGCUCCCCCUGAAACUCUUGGUGUUGCCUCAUUAGCACUGCACUAUGCGAAUGUUAUUAUUGUAAUUGAGAAGCUAGCAGCAUCUCCUCACUUGAUUGGUCAUGAUGCGAGAGAUGACCUGUACAAUAUGUUGCCAGCACGGGUAAGAUCUGCCCUCAGGGCAAAGCUAAAGCCAUAUACAAAGAACUUGGUUUCAUCAGUUUAUGAUACAGUUCUUGCGGGAGAAUGGAGUGAGGCAAUAUCAGGAAUAUUAGAAUGGUUGGCUCCACUUGCUCAUAACAUGAUAAGAUGGCAGUCUGAGCGGAGCUAUGAGCACCAGAAUUUAGUUUCUAGAACAAAUGUGCUUCUUGUGCAAACUCUUUAUUUUGCAAAUCAGGAAAAAACAGAAGCAACAAUUGCUGAGCUUCUAGUUGGUCUGAACUAUGUGUGGAGAUUUGGUAGAGAACUCAAUGCACAAGCUUUAAUGGAGUGUGUUAGUGGCAACACAUUAGAUGAUUCUUUGGAUUUAAGUGGGUAGAAAUAUCUUCAUCUUCUGGCAGUGAGCAACUGAUUCCCAGUUACCAUCAUAGUGGAUGUUUAUUAUGUGUUGCAUUGGGAGAGAAGUUCUAUCACCUGCCUAGUACACAAGGCUUCUUAAUGCAGCUUGAUAGAUGCUGGUCACGCUCUGGAUAAUGAAGCUCUGGUGUGACAUUAAGACACCUCCUUUUGCAUUGUUCCACCGAGAAGGCAUUCUUCCUGCAGUAGAGGUAGCUUUUGUGCAUCAAAACAUUUUUUUCAUUAGGUCAGAACUAUGACCUUCUCCCCUUUGGCUGUGAAAUUUCGUUUCGAUUUUAACUACUCUGUUAAGAGGAAUCUGCAUCAUAGACCUAUGCUUUCUCUGAUAGUUGUAUAGUUAUUGGCAGCACUCGUUCCAAGUAUUACGAAUUGCUUAUAAAUGUGUUCCUUCAGAAACAUAAAUAUGUUUGAAAUGGGGCCUCUUUUGUUCAAUAUGAUUAUUUUUAUUAAUGUUAUGUUCCCAAGUGAUCUGCUACAAAAAAAGUCAAACAGCAUGUUAAUCAGACUGCUUAAAGUUAACAUCAGCUCAAGCUCUCAUUUUGCCUGCGAUAUUAGUCUAUUACAAGGUCUGAUACAGUUGGUAGUCAGGUCAUGGGGACUUUGUUUCCUGCAGUCUAAAUUGUUGGAUGCAGCUUUCUGUAAUUGAAGGAUUUUUGUCUACUCCAUUGAUGAUUAUGCAUGGAUUUGUAAUCGUCUGCAUGAGAUGUAUGUAGUAUGUGAUCCCUCAUGCAUAAGACUCCCCAGGGCUUGAUGGAGUUGUAUCCAGACUAGUUGCCUCACACUUAAAUUACUUGGAUAUUGCUAAGAGUCAUAAGAUCUUGUUGCUCCUGUAUGGAUUCAUGCAUGGAUGGAAGACUGGUAAAGGUCUGCAAUCUGCAUCAUUAUAUUUCUAGUUUAUCCUUAUGAAGGACCUAUUAUUAUUGGCAUGACCAUGUAAACAAUAUGAAUUAUCGAUGUUCUGUCUUUCAGUUGUUUUACAGAAGAUUGGGGGAAAGCUCUUUUGAGUUGUGACACAGCACAUGGUGUAUAGAGUAUUGUUAAAACUUUAGUUAUGAGCACUUUCACUGGCAUGUCCAGUCUAUUAGCUUGCAAUUGACAAUUAGUAGAAGACAAGUUUUGGCUUGUGCACGUCUCAAACUCUAAAAUUUGAAGAGGUGCUGGUGCAAAUUUAUACAAAGGGGUUGUGAAUUCCUGAAUCCUGACAAGUUGUUUAUCUCCCUAAUAUUAUUUACCUACUCCCAACCCUCCAUUUAGGUCCAUUCUAUAUACUUGUUAUGAGAGUAGCACAAGUUUGAGAGAGUGUUUUCUUAAACGUGUUCCCCCUGCUUUUUGAAAUUUCCAUUAUAUCCAACUUGCCCUUUCAGACCUAAGCACACCUAGUCAAAAAUCUCUCUUAAAAUGUAUACCUUUUUCCCUAUGCCAUCUAAGUCAGUUUACUGCUGGCAUUGGAACUCAACCCAUGUCAACGUUUUUAGCUAGGACUACAUUAGGUUGUGAUGGGACAGAAUUGUGUUUGUGUGAAUCCCUUGAUGUGACCAAUUUCUCUCUCUCUCUCUUGUGUAUGAAUGCUUACCAUGUAUUUGUGCACAUAUUAUGUUUUGUGACAUUAAGCAUGAUUUUUUUACCAUAAACCAGAGACUCCCUCUAAUCCAACAUGCUUCACAUUCAAAUGGAACCUGUAUUAAUGUUGUAUCUGGAUCAGGUUCACACGUCCGGGAUAGUUUUUUAGUCAACAUUCCACUAACUUCUUUCUAAUGCCAUUACUGUGUUAUUGGCAAUUGUGUUGAUUAUCAGUGAUGUGACUGUUGUGCUCAAGUUAUUUUUUCUUGAAAUUUAUACAUAUUUUCUACGAUUUUGCUGGAGUUCCUUUCAAACCAGCCGUGAUGGUGAGGAGUCCAACGUGGAUCUUGUUCAGAUUCAGAUGCCAUGAUUGAUUUUCAAAUCCAGUCUCUGGUGAAUAUUGUGUUUGGAAUCUUUUGAUCAGCUUCAAUGGUCUGGGAUAAUUUUGUAGUUCAAGUUGGACCAACUUUCUGAAGCUGUGCAUGCAACCAGGAGGAUCCCUCUUACUCAGCUUCAUCGUCAAUUUUGCUAUAGAGGAACCUUGCAUCAUGCUGAAGGAAGGCAGAGUUUGUGUUGAUCUUACCCUGUUGGACUUCCCCCUAAUGCAAGCAAAGGUGGUCUCAGGUUCGUGUGUGCUGUCUAUCAUCAACAUGAAAGAUGUAAUUUGGAUUAACAAAGUUAACCCCUUAUUACGGGACUCCAUCCCCUUUGGAAAUUAGGCAAUACCAGGAUCCAAAACAAUAUUUAAAUAUAUUAGUAAUAACUUGUGCCGGAAGGCAUAAUGCAAUAUAAAAGUAGAGC